CAGCCAAGAAAAGCACACUUUUCCCACCUCCACAUCCAAUUAUUUGCUCCGUUUCUCUCUCAAUCUGCUCCCUCAAACUCAACACUCCCAACAAAACUACAAAGCCGCAUGCAUAUGCACAUGUGUUUCUGUAUGUAUACCUGACCAUUCCGGCAAUAAAAAUCCAAUCUUGAAAAACACACACACGCAGUAGGAAGAAGAAGAAAUGGAGAAGAGCGGCGAUGGGUUUGUGAGAGCGGAUCAGAUUGAUUUGAAGAGCUUAGACGAGCAGCUGGAGCGCCAUUUGAACAGGGCGUGGACAAUGGAGAAGAACAAGAGGAAGAAUCAAGAAGAUUACUCCACCGCCACCACCACCACCACCUCCGCCGCCGUCGCUCCGGCCAUCACCACCACCUCCCGAAGGCAGCGCCAGGAGUGGGAGAUUGACCCCUCCAAGCUCAUCAUCAAGAGUGUCAUCGCACGUGGCACCUUUGGGACCGUCCACCGCGGCGUUUACGACGGCCAGGAUGUCGCCGUUAAACUGCUGGACUGGGGAGAAGAGGGCCACCGGACAGAGGCUGAAAUACAAGCUCUAAGAUCAGCAUUUACUCAAGAGGUUGUUGUGUGGCACAAACUCGAUCAUCCUAAUGUAACAAAGUUUAUAGGGGCAACCAUGGGCGCUACGGAUCUUAACAUUCAAACUGAAAAUGGUCAUAUAGGCAUGCCAAGUAAUAUAUGUUGUGUCGUUGUGGAGUAUCUUCCUGGAGGAGCCUUAAAAUCUUACCUCAUAAAGAACAGGAGAAAGAAGCUAGCUUUUAAAGUAGUCGUGCAAAUGGCACUCGAUCUUGCUAGAGGGUUAAGCUACCUUCAUUCUGAGAAGAUUGUUCACAGAGAUGUGAAAACAGAAAAUAUGCUUUUAGAUAAGACACGUACAGUCAAAAUUGCAGAUUUUGGUGUUGCUCGGGUUGAAGCCUCGAAUCCUAAUGACAUGACGGGGGAGACUGGGACCCUUGGUUACAUGGCUCCUGAGGUUCUCAAUGGAAAUCCUUACAACAGGAAAUGUGAUGUAUACAGUUUUGGCAUCUGUUUGUGGGAGAUAUAUUGUUGUGAUAUGCCAUAUCCGGACCUUAGUUUCUCGGAGGUGACUUCAGCAGUCGUUCGCCAGAACUUGAGGCCGGAGAUACCCAGAUGUUGCCCAAGCUCACUUGCCAACGUGAUGAAGCGAUGCUGGGACGCCAACCCUGACAGAAGACCAGAAAUGGAUGAGGUGGUCACCAUGUUGGAGGCUAUCGACACUUCUAAAGGUGGAGGGAUGAUUCCUAAUGAUCAAGCCCAAAGCUGUCUCUGUUUUCGGAAGCGUCGUGGCCCUUGAAGAACAUCAGUUUACAACGACGUAUGGUACGACAUUCUCAGACCCGAUUAUGCAGAGAACAGAAAACUCCUAAUCCAGAUUGUUUUUAUUAAGGCUGACUGGGAUUUGGAGCAUUUCCUCUUGCAAUGUUGUUGUAAAGCUUCUGAAAUAUCAUUAUUAAUCGAUUUGAUUCUCUUUUUUGUUUGAA